AUGUCGUCAGCCAUGAGCUUUGCUCAAACUGGCCAGCUUUCGCCCAUCAGCAAUGGUAUGGACGCAUCCUACCAUGGGGCUGAUCAAUCUUGUUGCUCUUCCUCCUCCGCCUCUGCUUCGGCCUCGCCUGAUUUGGCCCACUCGGUGGCUUCUUUAGCUUCUAUCGGACACUGGGGGAUGGGACACGACAGUCACCAUGGUAGUGCUGGCCACGGUCACCACCAUGAGCUGUCGUGGGACCCGGACUCGGAAGAUAACAUGCUGCCAUUGCCCAUACCUAAGCCAUUGAACGAUAACGACUUCUGCAUAGACCAUAUCAAGGAAGCUCCAGCAAGCGCACUACCCAACAGUGACGGUUCGAUGCCAGAUCAAUCAAAGACGAAGCGUCCCCGAGGUCGGCCCCGCAAGCACCCCAUUGCGCCGGUUGUCCCCGCGAACAAGGUCACAAAAGGCCGAUCCAAGACAGGCUGCCUCACUUGUCGGAAGCGCAGGAAGAAGUGUGACGAGGCAAAGCCACGGUGCAUGAACUGCGAAAAGAAUGCUGUGGUUUGUGAAGGGUAUCCCGAGAAACAGAUCUGGAAGAGUGGUAGAGAGAGGGCCGAGGAGGAGCGCCUCAAGUCCCACAGUUUGCCGCCCAUUACAAUGCAGCCACUGUUCCACGGGCUCGACACGGUCGAGGAUCGGAUCUUUUGGAAGCACUACAACGAGCACCUCAGCACGGUGCUGACCGUCGAGGGUGAACACAAGAAUGCCUUCAAGGACAUGAUGGUUCCUAUUGCCGUCAAACACCAAGGCUUCAUGCACUCCAUCCUUUCGUUGGCAAGCAAACACAUCGACUACGACACUCUUUACGGUCUCAAUGUUCUCAAAAACAACCCCUCGACGUCUGUUCACAAGCUCCAUGAACGGUCUAUGUAUCACCAUAACCAAGCUAGGCAAAAGUUCUACGAGGACGUGGAAGUCAGCGAUGCCCAAGACAAGCUCCGCGUAUCUGCUCGCUACGGUCAGAUGCUUUGCUUCCUUCUCCAGGCAUUGGCCGAGGGCAAUCCUCGCGGUGAGCACCGGCUCCAUCUUUCGGCAUACAAGAGUCUCAUUUCAAGCUCUCCGCCGGAGGACUCGGCUUUCUUCUCGUUCAUCGCCGAGUUCUUCCAGUACCACAUCUUUGCUGAUGAGCUGAUUCACUCCCUUUCAACUCUUCACCACCGUGCGAUUCCCAACGAUGCCAACCACACACCGGCUAUCCACCCUCCUAGGCUGCUUGGCGUUGCCGAUGGGCUCUUGGAGUAUCUUCCUCAAAUCACCAUGAUUCGAAACACCAUUCGACACAACAUUGUCACCCAAGUGGAUCCAGUUGUUGACUAUGUCAGCUUCUAUCGGGCGGCCGAGAUCGAUGCAGCCAUCAAGGACUGGACACCUCACUGGCCCAGGGGAGACAAUCGCGACCGGGUAGGGCUUCUCUACAAACACAUGAUGUGGAUCUACCUAGUCCGAACCGUCUACCCACCGACUCCUUCGGCUCCUUUGCCUCCAACGAACUCCUCUGCCCUCCCAUUCUCUACACUGUCCAACGUCCGCCAUGGCGGAACCGGUGCAGCUGGAGUUACCACGCCGCCUAUGUUAGCAUCGCCAAGCUGCACCUCAUCACGCAAGUUGGAGGGAACAGACUAUGGAAUGGGUUCGGUCCCGCUCCUGAGCACCGCUUCAUCUCUCAGGGCCCAGUCGCCGCCGCCCUCUCGCAAACCACCCCAACAUGACCCGCGGAUCACUCUGGCUGUCCAGGAGUCGCUGGGCAUCAUGGAAUCGUUUAGGCCCAGUGACCCGUGUCAAACCCUGCUCCUCCUUCCAUGCUUCAUCAUCGCCACCGCAUGCUUCACGACCGCCCACCAGGAUCGGGUGCGUACUGCUCUCAAAACGGUCAAGGGAUACACUGGCCUUAGAAAUGCCGACCGCACCUUGGAGGUUUUGGAGCAUGUGUGGCAGCUCAUGGAGUCCGGCGAUUGGGCGGCAGUAUGGGACUGGCCUCGUGUUGCUCAGGGCUUGGGCUUGGAUUUUAUUCCUGCUUGA